AUGCCCAAUUACCUCGUGCGACUUGUGCAGAUGCACGAGAGUUUUCGCCAAGCGGAACUCCAGGCCCUCGCAGAUGUUGCUGAAGUGUCUAUAGAAUUCGUGAAAUACGAAGAAGAGUCUCCUUUCUGCAUUGUCCGUCUGCCUUCGGAUGCAGCUGCAAAAACAGUAAUCUCGCGGAGUCUGCUGUCACAAGGUAUUUACGAACUUUGGGGACAAGGCGCAACAUAUGAUGCCCUACACGAGUCUGUGAAGGAUAUCUCCAGUGCCAAAUGGGUGCAGUACGAAUCAGCCCCCUUCCGCUUCACUCUAGAUUGUUUUCGCGGAACGCGGGACAACGCGCAACAACGCGACAUUAUUGAAUCAUUCUCCUAUAUGGGCUUCAAAGGACCAAUCCGGAUGCGGGACGCCGAAGCAUCUUUCAAAGUGUUUGAGGAGUACGAGGAAAAGGCAACAGGGCCCAAGUAUGCGUACCUUGGCCGUUUCGUGGCUGCAUCUGGCCGUGAUGCAAAGACGACAUACGACCUGAAGAAGAGACACUAUAUCAGUACCACUUCCAUGGACGCCGAGCUCGCGCUUGUAACAGCCAACAUGGCGCUUGCGGCUCCAGGCAAGUUGUUCUACGAUCCGUUUAUGGGAACAGGCGGCUUUCCCAUCGCAUGCGCUCAUUUUGGAGCGAUGGUCUGCGGCAGCGAUAUCGACGGCCGUAGUAUUCGCGGAACGGGCGGUAGUGCGAGGAAAGGCCAAACCGGCAAGUUUGACGUUCAAGGCAAUUUCAAACAGUACGGUCUAGAGUCGAGGUACCUCGGAGCCUUCGUGUCCGAUCUCACAAACACGCCUUUCAGAUUGUUGCAACACAGCAACUCUGCAAGCAGAGGUGGAUACUUGGACGGCAUUGUUUGCGACCCGCCUUAUGGCAUCCGGGAAGGUCUCAAAGUUCUGGGUUCGCGCGAUAUACUCAACGAGCAAGAACGCGCAACGCAUGGAAACCGUUACAAGGACCCGGGAUAUAUCCCUCCAAAGAAGCCUUAUUCAUUCACCGCGAUCCAAGAUGAUAUCCUGGCGUUCGCAGUUUCAACAUUAGUGGAGAAUGGGAGGCUCAGCAUGUGGAUGCCCACAGCCAAUGACGAGGACGUGGAACUGAUCAUCCCCACGCAUCCAUGCCUGGAGAUAGUGUCGGUAUGCGUGCAGACCUUCAACAAAUGGUCGAGAAGACUCUUGACAUAUCGAAGGCGGGCUGAAUCUGAAGUACCCGAGGGCGCGCUGGAAACGGUCAAGAAGGAAUACGAGAAGGGCGUCAAAGCAGAUGAGUUGAAUAACUUUCGGAAGAAGUACUUCGAAGGGUUCAAGGAGUUUGAGAGACUCCGACAAGAGCCAAGUGCGGAGGACGCGAACCACAAAGCAGACAGAAGCAAGGGAGUCAGUGGGCCGUGGAGAGAAAAGAGUGGGGCGAACUAG